AUGAUGGUUUGGAAAUUAGAAAAUGUGAUUUUCGCUGUAUUUGCGUUUAUUUUACUACUGAUUGAAGCGCAUAACACCAAAGAUUGUAAUGAAGGCAAAACCAAGCAUUUUAUUGGUCGAGAAUUACAUACGUUGGUUGAAAAUUUGUAUUAUCUCAUAAUUACAAUCUCGUUGCACUCUACAAUUUUAGUUCAUAAAGCUAUUGCAUGGAUUCGAAGCUCUGGUGGUGCAGUUAGGGGAUUUGUUUCUUUCGAGCAAGAGCAACAUGCGAAUUCGGCCACAGCAGUCCGUGUUAAUUUAACCGGUUUAUCUGGUGCUCAUGACGUAAAAGUUCUUAAUUGGGGUAAUGUGGCCGAUAAUUGCCUAAACAUGGGUAAGAUUUUUAAUCCAGAUCGCAUACCCUAUUCAAAUAUAAACGGCAUUGAUCACCGGGCUGGUAACUUAGGAACUAUUGAUGGAGAAAAGUUCGAUGUGAUAAAUGAUGCAAAGAUAUCGCUAGUUGGAAGAAAUAGCGUGAUUGGCAGAGGACUAGCAAUAUUUCCAAAAAAUGUGAGAAAGGGCAACACAGUUAAAGAACAUACUUUGGAAAUGCUCGAAAAUACCCCUAUCGCAUGCGGUAUAAUUGGAAGGGUGAUGAAAGAAAUAUGUUGA